GCGCAAUCAACCUGGGGAAAUAUCCAACAAGGCAUUGAUCCGUUGAUUCUCCUUGACGACACCCAGAAGCAGUCUCCCCCGCUACCCCACGUCAUGCCCCUUGUCCUCAUAUCGGGCUACCCCUCCUCGGGGAAGACGACACGCGCGCGACAACUCCAGCAAUUCUUCGAGUCCAAGAUCGCCGCCGAUGGCCCCGGUUCUCGCGCCAGCAAGCUCAAGGUACACCUCAUCAAUGACCAGUCGCUUGGCGUUUCCCGCACUGUCUACCACACUGCCAAAGCCGAAAAGGAUGCCCGCGCUGAAGAGUACUCUGCUGUCAAGCGCGUCCUGUCGCGCGACGACAUCGUUAUCGCUGAUGGCCCCAACUACAUCAAGGGCUUUCGCUACCAGCUGUAUUGCGAAGCAAAGGCCCUCCAGACCCCUAGUUGUGUGGUGCACAUAGGAACUCCCGCCGACAAGUGUCGAGAAAUCAACAAGAAGCUGUUGGCCGACGAGGCCAGCGAUGGCGGUUACGUCGAAGAGGACUUCGAGAACCUCAUCUUCAGAUACGAGGAGCCAAACGGCAUGACACGGUGGGAUAGUCCGCUGUUCACCGUACUCGACGAAGACGAGACCCCGCCGUACGAACAGAUAUGGGAAGCCCUCGUGGGCAGCGAUGGGAAGAUGAAGCUCGUGCGGCCGAACCAGGCCACCGUAUUGAAACCGGCCACAGAGCAGAAUUACCUUUACGAGCUGGACAAGACCACGUCCGAUAUACUCGCUCAGAUAACCACAUACCAGAAAGAUCACCCCGGAGAGGGUGGGGGUGAGGUGGCCGUUGCAGAGGUUGAAAAGCCCAUUGAGCUCCCAGCAACACCCAUGACCCUGCCGCAGCUGCAACGCAUGCGCCGUCAGUUCAUCACAUUGAAUCGCCAACACAGUCUGUCCAAGUCGCGAAUAAAAGAGGUCUUUGUCGACUAUCUGAAUGCGCAAUUUCUGGGUUAGACAGCUUUGUCCUGGUCUAGACUU